GCGUGAGCUAAAGUGGAGCUUUGUUUAGCUUUUCUCUGACUUUCCACUCCAUUGUAUGAUUCGGCAAAAGUCUUGCGGCCCCCAGGAGUACGAGCGUUUCGAUUAGGCGUUUGGGAGUGCCGCGCCGCCACCGAAGACGCGUGCCAAUAUCAAAAUGGCUUCCAAACAUGUGGGCGGGAAAGGGCAACGCGCUUCCACUAGCGUCAUUACGGUACCUCCGGAGAAAGGACCGGGGAGGCGGGAGCGACAGAGGACACUGACCGAAGAGCGCUUCCAGGCGGGCAGCAACAGCGAACCACCCGUCCCCGACACGACACGCUGACGCGGAGGCGGCGGCGGCGGCGGCUCCUCGGGCCCCGGCAUGAGCCGCUAGCAUGAACGGAGCAGUGUACAUUCCGUUCUUCCAGGGCCAGCUCGAGUCCGUCCUGGAGCAGGUGGUCCAGCUGGCCGUCCAAGAGAUCAGCUCGACGGUGGGCUCCAGCCUCAACGCGCUGCUCCUCGAGGCCGCGGUCCACGAGCAGGAGAACCGCCGCCUCCGGCUGCGCCUGCAGGCUUGGGAGACCCGACGAGGUCACGACGAGCAGCGCCGCGAGGGCCAGGCGGCGGCCGGCGACGAGAGUCCGGAUGCGGGCAGAACAAAGCCUGAACAACCGGCCGAGCCCCGCGGACCCAGCGACGGACCCACUGACAGCCGCCGCUUGGAGCAGCGGGGCCGCGUUGUAGAGCAGUUAAAGUGCGCGAUGGAACGCGUGGUACAUUCGGCGCUGUGCCAGCUCAAGAAGAUGGUGGAAGCGUCCUUCGAUGACCUCCUCCUGGAGAUCACACAGAAAGAACGCGAGAGGCAGACACUGCAGGCCCGGCUGGACCGCCGCAGUGCCGCCACACGUCGAGAAGCCCGAGACCGCUCGAGCUCGCCCGCCGCGUCCGAGGGCGCGCCCGAAGACUGCCACCAAGAGCCGGCCAAAGGGACUGACUCCACGGGCGCCGUUGACGCCGUUGACGAGGAGGCGUUCAGACGCAAAUGGAGCGGAGACGUUUGGAAGCCUGAAUGCGGGGCUUCAGGGGAGCGCCGCUCCAGCGAGGGCUUAUUGCUGCCUCCUCCCGUGAUGACGCUCACCCUGGACCCCUUGCAGGACCCCCGCUGGACGCCACUGGAAGAAAUGGAUGUCCUCUCCUCCGAACACGAUGCCGCACCACCACCCGAACCGCCUCUCAGCCCUUCAGGAAGUGUGGCCGUGCGCUCGUCGGCCUCCAUGUUGCAGCGCCUGCUGACGGCGUCGCAGCUCCCGGACGACCACAAGAGGACGCACGACGCCGGAGAGAACCAAGACGACAACGGCAACGGAGAUGACGGCGAUGAUGAUGACAACGAGGAGGAGAAAUGGAAAAAGAAGAAGCGUCGCAAAAUCUGGUCGGAGUGCCAAGAUUGUGGCCGCCGGUUCAGUCGUGCGUCGCUGCUCAAAGCUCACCGGCAGACUCACGACACAUCCGAUGGCGGCUCGCCACCCCAGUGUUCCCACUGUGGUAAGCGCUUCUCUUCGGCGAGCCGCCUCCAUGGCCACCUGCGGGCUAAACAUCAGUCGUGAGCCGACAGCACACGCCGGUACGCACUCACGCUUUGCAAUCAAUGUGAAAGAUGCCAAAACGGGAAAAAUGUCGGAAUCGCCUUCAUCGUCACAAUGACUACUUCGGUCAGGGUUGUCUCGACCUUCGUAGAAUCCCUAGAACAUUGAAGUCGACUCUUAUUUCGACUUUUAAAUUGACGCCUACAUUUGUUUCGGGGGGGGGGGGGGGGUGUAAUACAAAAUUUCAGGCAAACUGAAGAAAUUGUAAAAUCUCAUUUAUUUAUAAAGCACUUGACUCAUUCAUUGCCAUUGACAGCGAUAGAUGUCAAAUUAAUUUGAACUGGCUCGUCUGUCUAUUGCCAUCAAUGGCAGCCAAACAUUUAAUUUAUAAGAACAUUAAAGCCAUUAGAACAGUAGGAAGGUUGUUGAUUUGUUUACAUGAGUUUUAAUGUUGCUAUGUGGUUUUUGUAUAAACAGCUUAUUUUUAUAAUGCAACAUGAGUUCGUCUGUCACCGAGCUGUCAGCCAAUGAAUUAAUUAUAGCAGUGCCUGAAAAUUGACAAAAAACACCUCAUCACUCUUUUUUUAAAACCCUAAAUUUGAAACGGGUUGCUUACCCAAAGAAAGAGAAAAACUAAAAGUAAUUUUUCUUCAAAAAAAAGAAGGAAAAAAAGCAAAAUCUGCAGUUACCAAACCUGAAAUAUGUGCAGGUCCAAUAUUCAAGUUUAAGUCAAAGUAGUAUAAAUUCGAAUCAUAAAUGAUAAUUGAAUGCCAUGGACGGUGAUAGAAAAACCAGGCAUGAAAAUCUCUCACCUUUUGGCGAAAUUCGCCGUUUUGAAGUCAAAAAGGGUGAACAACGUGAAUCGUGUAGAUCAAGGAGAAACUUUUUAAGGGGGGAGGUGUCGGGAGUAGACAUGUGCCGGUUUCCGGUGUCACGGUUUACCAUGGUAUGAAAAAGUCGCGGUUCCAAAACCACUAAAAUUAUCUGUCACACCGCAGUACAUGAUUCGCUAUUAUUUGUCAUGUGUCAAAAAUGCAGCCAAAAGUGGCGCGGCAGCGCUCACCCCUUCCCCUGUUUGUUGCUUUGUGUGUCAGUGAUGCUAUUCCAGCGAACCCAAAAACAAAACACAAGGCGUACAUUUCUUCAAUUUAUUGACCUCUCAAAUCGUGGUAACUGCAAUAUACAAAAUAAAUACAUUUAAAACAUUGUACAAUAGUAUUUUUCCAUGUGUGAGUUGCUUCAACUGAUUAGCACCAUGAAAAAGUUUGCCAAAAACAAAACACAUUUUCCUUUCAAAUUCAAAAUGCAAACUAAUUAAAAACUUACAAUGACGAAUGUUAGCCUAGGCUUAGCUGGAAGAGCAACUUUGUCGAGGUUUUAAGUCUCACAACCGCUAAGUGAGAAACAAGCUUGAAGUGGAAAAAAGUAUAGCGUCAAAGAUCGCUAAUUGCGACAGAUGAUCUUGCUCCAAGCACAAAUUCACGUUCGCUGGACGAAGGGAGGUCUCACUCCCAAUAUUUUUUUCAGAUGAAUGCAUUUGCCAGCAUAUUGGAUUUGGUGAGUAACGGUUUCAAUCCUUUUCAUAUUUUGCUGAAUAACAAAGUUACUGCCGUUUGUUGCAACUUGCGUCGAACACUGCCAAAGCUAGCCAAAUCUCCAGUGAAAAAAUAGCUCCCAUUAAGUUAGCGUCAAGCUUGUGUAUUUAACGGUAAUAUAAAAGAAGAAACGCAAGCUUCUUUCUAAUAUCGCUAUACACAAUGCUCAGCGCCAUUUCGCCAACAUUUGCACGCACUCGCACAGCAGUUAAAAGCGGCGAGUACUCACUAUUUUUGUUUUUACUGAUUUUUUUUAUGACCUUUUCGUUCCCUCAAAAAUACUUUUUGCAUGUAUUACCCUCCCAUACUUUUAACUAUUGUGUUUUUUUGUGGUAGCUUUAAAGCAGUUCACCACAUUAGUCACGUAGCGUAUUUAAACUGUCCUUAUUUGAUAUAACGACAUUUAAGUCUUUCUUAAGGCAUUUUUUUCGUACGUUCUGCCUGUAUCUGCAUCUAAACAAAGCAAGUUGAGAGCACACGGUAGUACUUUGGGUGUCACAUUUGCCUCAUAUACAGUAGGAACCUUCGCGGAUGUAGACAUUUUGGCAAAACGCCGGAACAUAUGUCCUCCACACUGUUCUCACCUUUUUAACCCCUGACCCAUUUUCAUGCCUGAAAAACACAUCUUGGGGGCCGUUUACGCGACAACGACAAUGAGGGUGAGGGUGCAAAAACUCCUAAACGAGCCCCGUCGUUUACACGGUGACUAUUUUCGGGGGCUGAAAACGCCUUCCAGAGUGGAAAUCUUGACAACGCUCCCUUCUGUCGUCGCUGUCUAAACAGUUGAAACGCAAAAGUGAGUUUUAGGUGGCAACUGACUUCCAGAUUUCGGAACAGUAGGUGCCAACAAUGCUCCAAUAUACAGGGGUUGGACAAAAUAAUGGAUACACCUAACAUUUUGGGAUCAUAAUUGUUGAACAUAAUUGUUAAAGAAUAGCCUGAGAAACAUUCUAAUGAAGUUGAGCUUCUCAUAUUUCCAGCACAAUCCCCAGACCUCAACAUUAUUGAGCAUUUAUGGUCAAUUUUAGAGAUUCAAUUUAGACGUCAAUUUCCACCUCUUAUCGUCUCAAAAAGAGUUAAAGUGUAUUCUAACUGAAGAAAGGCUUAAAAUUCCUUUGGAAACAAAGUUGUAUGAAUCAAUACUUCAGAGAAUUGAGGCUGUAAUUGACGCAAAAGGUGGAUCUACACCAUAUUAAAUUAGUUUUUGGUGAUUUUUUUUAAGGUGUUUCCAUUAUUUUGGAGUUUUCAAGCAGUUUUCCCCGCAUCUAUUAGUCCUGUAAACACGGAUGUUCUGACAAGUUUCAAUAAUACGCCGGUAAGGAAUUUUUAACAUGCACUUACCAUGAGUUGAUGUCAGUUGGCAGGAUCUGAUAAAACUAUGUGGCCAAUGAUAAUCUGUGGUGUCAAAAUUGUCAAUUUUGUCAAUCAGUCAGGUUAAAGGGAUCCACGGACAGAAAGACUUGUAGUGCUUAAAAGAUAAACGUUAUUAUGAGUGAAAACAAGUUGAUGUUUUCGGUUUUAUACAAUUUGUAAAAUUAGUUUAACUAGUAGGUCACCAUUGUUGUUGACGUCGCAGGGCGGUGACAUCACAUGGUUACGCUGCCAGGCUUCCAGAGUAUGACUGUAGUGACAUAAACAUGUCAUCUGUUCAACCCUUUCAAUUUGAACCCGAGAGGAACAUUAACGACCAUGACAGCGCUGUUGAUAUUUCACAAAACGAGCAUUAAAAGUAAAAUGAACAGGAAAGACGGGAUGAGACGAGAUGAGAGUAUGACAAAACCGGUGUUCUGCCAAAAUGUGCUACACCGGCGAAACGUGCUACAAGAGGCGAAUUUGACACCCAAAGUACUACCGUGCGCUUUUCAGCUUGUUUUGUUUAGAUGCAUACAGACAAAACAUAAUAAAGAUGCCUUAAGAAAAUAGUUAAAAGUAGUAAUAUUAAAUUAAGUUGGUUUAAAUAUGCUACGUGACUAAUGUGGUCAACAGAUUAGCAAUCUGCUUUAAAGCUACCACAAGAAAACAAUGCUUAAAAGUAUGCGAGGGAAACACAUGCAAAACGUAUUUUGAGGCAAUGAACAGGUAAUAAAAAAACUCAAUAAAAUCAAAAUAGUAAGUACUCCCCGCUUUUAACCAGGGUGUGCAUGUGUUGGACAUCUCGCCGCGUAGCAGGAAUUGCAGAAGACCGGUAGUGUUUGUCUAGUGAGUGACAAACUACAGUACGUCAUCACGCUGAGCGUCCAUUGAGCGCAUAAAACAUGGCGCCCUCCGUUGGUCGUAACAUGUACUAAAUAUUUUAGAUUUUUAAAUCAAUGGGCAAUAUUUUAUGUGUUUCGAAUAAUAUAUUUUCAGUAAAAGAGAGUAUUAGAGCCAACAAGUCUUUAAGUCCAAGGUUCCCUUUACUCUAAUCGUGUUCAUUCAGUCCAACAUCAAGUCAUGAGGUCAAAUAAGAAACAAAAAUGUGAACUUCGCUUCCUUCAAACUUUCAAGCAAAAAAAACAACACACAACUCUGCAAAAAUCUACGUAGCUCAUGGCGUGUGCGGUUGAAAACUGUCCAACCAACGUUCAACACCUCUGCAGAACACGUCAUUGAUAUAGAUGCAUAAUGUUGUUAUUGUUGUAGUGGUGGCAUUGCCACAUUGUGUCACUCAACAUAAAAACUGCUCCAACAGCUCAAUUUUUUGCAUAUAGCGCAAGAUUGUUCUCGUGUAAUCAUGGCCCAAAAUAAAUAGAUUUUACAUUGACCAUGCAGUAACAUUGGCAUAUUACCACUUACAACACUGAAAGAAAAUACUGUACAUGAACAACCUUCCUUAUUCAACGCCAGUUCAAAUGGAUUUGACAUGUAUCACUUUUAAUGGCAGUGAAUGAGUUUCAUGAUAAAUGGCGUUAUACUUGUAUAGAGCCUUUUUUCACCUUUAAGGCACUCAAAGCGUGUUGACAGUAUAUCCUCAUCUACCUACCGGUGAUGCAACAUCAGGAGCAAUGUAGGGUUCCGUAUCUUGCUGAAGGAUACCUAGAUGAGUUCAUAAGGGCGGAGAAUUGAACCCACAACCUCUGGGUCGGGGAACAACUACACUAUCACUGAGCCACGCCUACCUGUUAAUGAUGACAUCCCCUGACUUAACCGCCUGGAAAAGCUUUUUUCUGUUUAUUUGAAUGAAGAGUUAAAAUCCCGAAGGAACUGAACUCGCAUCUCACAUGUCCACUAAAUGUCACAAUAGUUACAACUCUUGUCAAAAACUGUAAAAAGCCACCAAAAAAAGGAUGGCUAAAAACUCGUCAAUCAGGCGAAGGUUCACUGGACAAGUAAAAAAUUGAUCAGCGACGGCAAAAAAGAUUCACAAGAUGUAAACGUUGUCUUCUUAAAGUGACAGCAGUGCUUUUCCUGUUAAGAGUGACAAGCGCAGGAACCCCUUCUGGUGUCAACCACGACAAUGUCAGUUUCUCUGCGACCUUUCCGGAAGUUCUGGGGCCGAUGUGGGCUCAUCUCAGGAUUGUCGUCUUUAAUUUUUUUUUGUUAGUGUUCCGCCUGUGACUUCCUGUUGUUCCACCUCAUGUCCGCAUACCUCACGUUGUGGAGGUGGUCUUGGACUGCUUCCCACUCACACAACUUUCAUUACCUCAGCCCACCGGUCACCGCUGGUUUGGAUGACAAGCAACUGGCGGCGGCCGGGCAUUGAUGUGAAUUCCUUCACUUUUAUUUUUUUCCAUUUUUCUCGACUUUAAUGGAACCUCCUGACAACUUUUGGUAAAUGUUUGCAAGCGGGUUUAUGUGGUUUGAAGCAGUGGUUCUCAAAGAUUUUACAGCAAGUACCACCAUGAAAAAUACUUGGCUCUCUGAUUAUUAGUAUCACAUUACCUUAUUGGUUGCCAGUGAGAGCGCUCGACGUUGAAGUUCCUAAAUAUUUGAAUGGAAACAGUUUCAAAACAGUCAAUGUGAAUCUUUUGUGCACUGUAAAAUGUCCUUUUAGGUAGAGUUGUACGAUAAUUACUUUUUAAUUGAUAACCGAUAUCCCGAUGAUGUCCAGCUCCAAAAAUCUAAUACCUAUAUUAAUCCUAAUUGUAUUGUGAUGCCCCACUGGAUGCUUUAAUAAUGGUAAAUGUAACAACUUUAAGGUUUUCCUAAUAAAAUAAACAUUCUAAACAUCAGGAUACCAAACUAUAGUGGUUAUAGGAAAAAGUGCCAAAAUAAUGUCCCAUAUAAAUAAAAUGAAAUGAGCAAAAUGUCUGUAAUUAAAUAAAAUGAAUCGUUCACAAAUCACGUUUACACUCGUCACCCCAAAGAGCCACUGGGGGGGGGGGGGGGGGGGUGACAAAGCAAUACAAAUUCAGGCAGGCAAUUAUAGGACAUGCCAAUGCAAUGACAAUUCCCAGGAUGCCUUUUGCUGAGCUUUUGCACACAUUUUUAAGUAUAUUUGAGAUUUAUUACUUUUCUUAGCGACUAUUGCAAUCAGGUGACAAAUUAGUUAUAUUUGAUGAGUUUACAAUUCAUUUUUUUCAUUUAUUGUUCAUUUCAUUUGUGCACCACGACUGGUUAGGGUCUUUCCCUCAGUUAACAGAUCUCAAGCAUCCUAGUUGGGAGACAUCUAGAGGUCACUCCAAGUACAGCUGCUGUGCCAAGCUGUGACCAGCCCAUCCACAAAGGCUGUAGCUUGUGCUUUAAUUUCUAACCCAACAUACAGACAAACCGAUAUUAUUUUAAAUGCUUUGAUAGGCUGAUAUUAUCGGACAACUCUACUUUUAAGCAGGCUAACUAAAAAUUUUAAGAAGACAACACUCACAUUUAAAUUCUCUUAAGUAACUUAUUUUGAGCAUUCCUAACUCAUUUAAUCAAGUUAAUAUCCUGAACUUGAUUAAAUGAGUUUAAUUAACUUAAAUGAUCAGGUUUGUGGACCGCACUUGAAUUUUUGUGUAAACUUCUAGCCAGGGUCUUUAGCUCUGUUGUCUGUGUACGCCGCUGCCACCGAGGCGCCCCUGAUUACAUAUUUACUUGAACUGAAUUCCAGUUUACUUAAAACAUUUUGUUUUCACCGUUAACAUGUUUUUUGGUUUUCCUUCAAAACUUGAUAGUUUAAUUGAAAUUAGUCUACUUGAAAUUUUAAGUUCUGUUUGAACCUUUAAUUCCGUCAAUCGUUCGAGUACCACUAGAGGGAGCCCGCGUACCACUGGUUGUACUCGUACCACACUUUUGAGGACCACUGGUUUAAAUGUUACCAUUUUCAUCCGUGAUAUGAGCUUUUUUUGUUUGUUUGUUGUCAAGUUUCAGUGCUGGCAAAGUGACAUGACCCUUCCCCCCACACCUGUCCUGAGCUCACCACCUGUCAUAAUUUCUUGUGUAUAGUUAGAACAUUUUGCAUUAUAAAAAGAAAAAAAAAAGCUGAGGGUGCACAUUCUACAUGAAUACUCACUGUAUUAGCGUUUACGGCUACAUCAGGGUUGGGAAGGCGGUGUACUUUGAAAUGAAAUUUGGCGCACCAGAUUGCUCUGCGAUACUAUGGACCGUUGCCAAAAAUCACUCAUUGAAUUUCCUGACACACCUGUAAUUUCCAUUGUUACAAUUUUGUAUAUUCAUUUAUACAUCACUACUCGUCAAGGUGGAAUCCAAACAAGUUCCAUGAACAAAAGUUGAUGAACAUCCAAAUUUGAGCUUGGUGAACGUGCUCAUUGUGGUGCCGAAGAAUGGAUUUUGAAUUUUGAGUGCCAGCACAACUCUGAAAUAAACUGUAAACUCAUUUUAUAGAUAUUUGCAUCAGUAUUUGCGAGGGGUGUAAAAAUACAGUGAUCGAAGGCCCUUAUCGAAUUAAAUCAUGGCAGACUUUAGAAUAUUGGCAAAUAAAUUAUUGUUCAAAUAAGCAAUAUAUCAUAUCUUGGUGAUGUACACCUCUAGUAACGAUGUAUUGAUCAGUUAAGUGAUGAUUUGAACAAACCAUCUGCCAAUAUUGUCAUUAAAAAGUCUAAAAUGUUUCAGCAACAGGAUGGUCAAAAACCUCCAAAUUACUUUGGUUUUUUUGAUUUACCGUAUUGGUCCAAAUAUAAGACGGCCCUGAUUAUAAGACGACUCCCUCUUUUUCAAGAGUCAAUUUUGAAAAAAGACUUUUUGAACACCAAAUUAAUUUUUAUAUAGAAAAUAAUUACAGUACAUCGGAAACAAAUGAUUGUAACAAUAUAUUUGAGAGAAAAGCAUGUUAUUUUUCCUCAUUCAACUCUUUAUAUCUGAACAUUUAAAUAUCUAAAGUGCAAUCACAUUCGUAAAUGAAUGGCUUCUGGUUUUUGAAAUGUAAAUAAACCAAUCUAUUGUGAUAAAACAACAAAAUUGCAAUAACCGCAUUAACCAUCAAAGUGAAGUCUAACUAACUGUAGCCUUGAAACAAAUCUGAAUAAGGAAAAACUGUAAUAAAAUAAUGCAAACUGGUUAAACUUGAGAGUAGCUGAGAUCUGUCAUGACAGAACAUCGCUUCAAUGAUAUCUGGCUCCAUCUAGCGUGGUGAAUGGGUAUAACGUCUAUACCGCGACUAUAAGACGACCCCAACUUUUUCAGUCUUAUUUCAAUGCAAAAAACACCCGUCUUAUAUUCGGGCCAAUACAGUAGUUGAAAUUGAUCGUGUACGUGUUGUUUAAAUCCAUCAAACGCCCUUGAAUCGUGUCAAAAUUGAAUUGUGGCAGACUUUUUAGGUAGAUAUCGUAUAGUCAGAAAUGGGUGUUUCACAGCCCUUGUUUUUGCCACCAUUCGUGCGUUUCAUCAAAAUGCGAUAAUGCACAGUUGCAAUAUGAGGAACCAUAAGCUAUCCUCCUGUGAUGAUCAAUAAUUUUUUUGGGACAAGUUCUCUGUGGAUUAAUUUUUUAACUGAACUUUGAACCAGUUCUCUCAGAAAAUGUACUUUCCAUUUACUUGUUAAAAUGUUUGUUACGGCCAGCGUUUACCUCAUGAAAUGGCGCUUUUUUUUCUCCCCAGAAUGACACAUUCAAACUAUGUUCUCAUUUGAUCAAUAACCACACUCAAUGAAAGGCGUUAGAAAAUAAUCCUAUGGCGUUGUACAAAAAAGCACUUGGUGUUAGCUGAAACACCUUUUUUAUUGUUCUUUCGGAACCAAUUUCAGAUUGCAUCUCACUCUUCUGGUUUGGUUUUCCUUUCAUCGCCGCUAUAGCCUAGUUUCAGCCUUCAUAAAGAUUGAAUUUUUUCUCUGUUCUUCAUCUAAAAGUCUCUCAUAAGCAUAAAUAUUGAUAAAUUCCAGCGUGCACAUAGUCAACCCGUCAAACAUUACCAUUUUUCCAGCUGUCUUCAACUCAAUGGCUAUAAGACUGUAUAUGCUCUGUGACACAACUUGCUUUGGUGUACACAGUGCAUCAUAACAUCAAAUUAAACAUCGAAAUACAGAAGACAGAAAACCGUAAUUUUUCAUGAUACUGUAUUUGGAUUGAGUAGAUAGAAAAAACAACUUUACUACUUACUGUGAAAAUGCCAUGCAUUUAAUUCACACUGAUCUGUUUUUUUGUGCUUCACUUCCCAUGUCUGUGCGACUUGACACUAAUGUCAAAUACUUACAGUAUUUUUAAUACACAUACUAAACAGUUGUAGAUAUGUUGUACUUGAAUAACAACAAAUGUCCUGAGUAACAUGAGUAUAAUUGCACGCGUAUAUUCUAUCAGCAAUCGUGCAAUGAGCCAGGUCUGCAUUUUAUGCCGUAUUCGUGCUGCCCGUCGCUGAUGUUUGUACGAUGUGGUCGAAUUGUACAUUUUGAGUGGAAAAACAUUGGGAUUCAAUCUUCAAUUUUAAUCGAUUGCUUCAUUUUCAAGCAGUGGAUUGUUAAAUACUCACUCCAUUGGCUGCACAACAACUUUUUUGCUUUUGUUGACUUGAAGUGGUGUAGACGCAAAAGGGAAGAGGCGAAACGCUUCACACACAAAAAAGAGAUCAAUCGUGCAUACGUUUUGUAACGUUGCUAAAAUGUUUCGUCAUUAGACGCAAUACUUUUGAUACUUUUUGUAUUUGCUGAACGUUGAUGUGAAAUAUUCAAUGUUUUAGUGUUGAUCGUCAAUAAAUGUUGACCAAUGAA